AUGCCCCCAUUGCCGAUAGAUGCCACAGUCGUGCGGAUUCCUUGGCUAGAACGCUCCCGAUGGAAGCGAUACGUGAAGCAGAAAGUAGGCGGGCCUUGGCUCGAGUCCGACCCUGACCGCCGCGACAUGAUAGAGUGGGCUUUUGUAUUCAAUGUUGGAGAAAUGUGGCACAGAGAAGAAGCUUUGUGGCUGAUCAUCGACGAUCGUUGGGAAACCCGGGUACUGAUUGCGAAUUACUUCGAGAUGCACUACGAAGCACUCCGCUUUGCCUGGUUGAGCGGUGUCAAGAAGUUGCUACAGACGCUUCCUCUGGAAGCUGCAGAGUCCGACAGCAGCACAGCCUUGCUGGAAGUUCGCAGAGCGAUUGCUCUCCGACGGCAAUCGUUCAUGCCGGGGAGCUUUGAAGGCUCCGAGGCUGAUCGUAGAUCAGCCAGUGACCGCUUCGAGAGCCAGAUAUGUUCCCUCAUAGAGAUGUACGGCUCCGAGACUCCUUUCGCCCCGAAGCCUUGGAUUCCAAGUGCAGUGCAAGGCCCGUCUGAGAAUGAGCCUGACGAGCUACCGAAAGGUGUGGAGGACGAGAAACGUUCCCUUCCACAUGUUUUUCGUUUUCUUCCCAACGUCACGGGAGUCUGGACUGUGCUGCAGGCACAAGCGGGAUUGGUGGACGAAGCUUCUGCUGUCGAAGGGUACAGACACUUCAUCGCUGUGGCCGAGUGGUACCGCUUCAAAACCCCAUUUACGCAAUGGUUUACAAAGAACUACUCGGGUUACCCAGUCACUUUUGUCUACGCCCAGGUUGCCCGGCGAACAACUUACAAGGGUCAAGUCAAGGAUCUGACAUGCCUGCCGGUGGAUGCCUGCACCGUGCCGGGCAUCCUCGUCCUGCUGGCGACGCUGUUGCCUACUGCGAGUUUCGGGCCAGAGGGAGUGGCCGAAUCUGUGUCGUUUAUGGAGAGGCUCGAGCAGCACAUGAACAUGAACCAGUCUGUGCAGCUGCUGCCCUUUGCACAAACUUUCAAAGUUGAUGUUCGCGAGAACAAGCUGCCAGUGGAACAGAUCAAAGCCAUCCUCUCCGACCUUGGCCUGAGUUGGUCGAGGUUUGCGAAACGAAUGACUGGCAGCACCAUCGGCAUCAUGAUGCCUUUCAGUGCUGAGCUGACACUGGAACGAUGUGUCGUCGUAGACUGCCCGGACCCGACGCUGGCAACCAAGUACCAUCCUUUCAUGAAGAGCUCCCGACGCAGAGGCAACAAAACACUUCGCAUGCACAUGGUGAGCCGCUUCUUGUGCAGAGGUGCUGGGUAUAUUUCCAUGAAAGACGAGAAGAGCUUGGGUGACUUAGGUGUCGUAGAUGCAAAGAGCACCCUGGCCGACCGCACAUCUUCGGAGUACGUUGGACGCCUUCUGUUGAAGGCGGAGGCCACGGUGAGCGAUUGCCUCCAGAGACAACGCCUUCGGUGCUUGAACUUCUGCUUCGACGCGACGUCGUUUGCUGGCGAGCAGGCCUGA